UUUACUUUAAUGUAGAUAGAUAUUUGCCGCAUUGGAUCCUCAUUGAUCGCUGGCUAUCAGUUGAACCAUGAUGCCCAAGCACAUUAGAUUUCCUAUCCGCACAAUUUUUCUCCUGAUCAUAUUCUUUAUCAUCCUGACGUACUGCAGCUUUCUCUUCCUCAAAAGUUCUAACGUGAUGCCCAGCAAGCCCCAACCAUUCAUCCUACGGAAUCUUGAUUAUGGAUAUCUGGAUAAUUCAAGCGAGACAAGUGAAAGGUUGCAUCCCAAGAAAAUAUUAAAAAUUAUGCAGCGGAUCCACACAGCAAAUAAACAGCAGUUGAUUCUUAACGCAAAUAAAUAUGGUCCUCUGGAAAAUGACUCGGUAGUUAUUGUUAUUCAAGUGCACAAGCGAAUUAACUACCUAAAGUACUUAGUAAACAGUCUUUCCCAUGCCAAGGAUAUUUCCAAAGUAUUGCUUGUAUUUUCACACGAUGUCUACGACAAAGAGAUCAACGAUUAUGUGCAAGCGAUUGACUUUUGCAUGGUGAUUCAGAUAUUCUAUCCUCAUUCUUUGCAAACUCAUCCACAUACAUUUCCCGGCAAGGAUCCCAACGACUGCCCACGAAACAUUACAAAAGAUGAAGCUCUCAUCAAAAAGUGCAAUAAUGCUUUAUAUUCAGAUCAUUAUGGUCAUUAUAGAGAGGCAAACUUUACACAGGCAAAGCACCACUGGUGGUGGAAGGCAAAUCACGUCUUUCAUGAUCUUACAGCUACCAGAUACCAUACUGGUCUAUUCAUAGCACCUUCUUAUAUUUUUGAUAGUUAUGAUAAACACUUUUUCGUUGUAGGUCUUGUAUUGUUCUUGGAGGAAGAUCACUUCGUAUCCGAAGACUUUUUAUAUGUAUUGAUGCUGAUGCAAACGAGUACCAAAAACGUGUGUGCACAUUGCAAUAUUUUGUGUCUCGGCAAUUACCUGAACGAAUUUACAGCCAAAUCGUACCGCGCAAAGGCUGACUGCUCGACUUUUGACGCCUCUCACAAUAUGGGCUUAGCCUUUAAUCGAACAACCUGGUCGCUCAUCAAAAACUGUGCCCAAGCCUUUUGCUCGCACGAUGAUUAUAAUUACGACUGGUCUUUACUGCACGUAUCUGAAAAAUGCCUGAAGAGAAAGUUUACGGUGUUGUCAAUCGAAGGUCCGCGAGUCUUCCACAUAGGAAGUUGUGGCCUUCACCAAAAAAGCAAGGAAUGCGAGGCCAGAAAAUUGAUUGCCAAAAUAAACCAAGUACUUCACUUAGCAUUCCAAUUCGGCCACCUUUAUCCACCGCUGCUAAGAAUCACAGAAUCAAUUCUGAAAGUUAAAAAAAAGAAGCUCAACAAUAUUCAAAUCAACGGAGGGUGGAGUGAUCUCCGCGAUCAUCAGCUAUGUCUAAGCAUGACGUUACCCCUAAGUUCAGAGGGUAUAUUAAAUUCCAGUUACCAAAGCAAUAAAACAGGUGCUAAAAUCGUUUGAGGAUUAAA